GCAGUGGUUGGCUCAGGCCAAGCUCACCGCUGCCAUCUCGACUAUCUCCCUUAAGGUGGAAUAAACCUACAGCAGAAUCGUAUCUGUACGCAGCAUGUGCUGCGAACUGCCAUCAAGGUGGGGAAGCCUGACCUUGGUAAAGUUAGCGGCGCCGAGUACUAUCCGCAGCGCGUCAAAGAUAUGCGCAGAUCCAUUCCAGGGCGAACAUAUGACAUGAUGUGUGGUGAUUAGACCUUCAAUUGGAUUUGAUAAGUUCUUGGUGCAGCUACAUACCUGGGCAUAGCUCUUCGUGAAACGACAGGAGGAAAUCAAAUACACACGCAGCUGUAACAUUCUCCGAGUCAUGCGGCAUCAACAAAGCGAUAGUGACGCUAGCUACAGCAUGUAAGGUUAUUUGGCAGCGCGCGACCAUAUAAAAGUUCAGAUAGUUCAUAUGGCACCAGCGUCAACUUCGUGUCAUUCGUCCUUUAAUAUCUGCUUCUUCAUAUAUCAUGGGUGGAUAUUUCUCAAGAAGCUUCAACCCUAACAGGGAUUUGAGCGAUCUCUCCCGCAGAGUCAUCAUAGUUACAGGUGGCAAUACUGGAAUCGGGUAUUCAACUGUUCAGCAUCUGGCUAGACAUGGUGCGAAAGUGUACAUGGCUGCUCGGAAUGAAGAGAAAGCGAAAGCCGCGAUAAACCAGCUGCACAAAGAAGGGCUGAGCCCUGGGAAUGGCGAAGUCGUUUGGCUCAAGCUUGACCUUAGCGAUCCCCGCAAUGCGAAGAAAGCUGCUGAAGACUUCAUAGCUAAGGAGAAGCGUCUAGAUGUUUUGGUCAACAAUGCGGCUCUUUUAGUCACUCCGUAUAGCGUAACGCGCGAUGGGAUUUCGGAUAUCAUGAUGGUAAAUCAUGUUAGCCCUUUCGUUUUGACCAUGUCCCUUCUUCCGCUCAUGCGAGAGACGGCAAAACAAUCCGGCUCAGAUGUUCGCAUCGUCAACGUCUCUUCAGAACUACAGGCGAAGGGUGGUAUUCGUUUUCGUAAUCGAGAAGAUUUCAACGAUGAGCAUGCGAGUUCAUUGUUCCCCGCCGCGUCUCGAUAUGCAAGGACCAAACUAGCCAACAUGCUGUUUACCAAUGAACUUCAGAGACGCUUCGAUGCUGAAGGCAUACCUAUAAUCGCUCUUUCGCUUCAUCCUGGUAGCGUUGACACUGGUGGUAAUCAAGCUUGGAUCGCCCGUACCCCUUCCAUCGUGCGCUUCAUAUUCGGAACCUUCGGUAGGUUUUUCUUCAUUCCCCCUGAUAGAGGAUCGUACGCCUCCGUCUUUGCCGCCGGGGCGCCCGUAGUCAGAGCCGAGCCUGAGAAGUACAAAGCGGCGUACUUGACACCGAAAGCAAGGAUCGGGAAGCCUCCCUCUCAGCAGGCAACAAAUGCGAAUUUGGCAAAGGAACUGUGGGAGACUACGGAGCGCAUCGUGAAGGAAAUUGGGGUAUGAGGGACAAGAAUUUUUAGCUGAAUGAUUUUUUGAAUGCUGUAAUAAUGCAUAACGAGAAUGACAGCGAAUACAGUUACAAAUGUGUGGGACAUAAUGUUACAACCCAAUGCAUUGUGGUCAUUGUC